AUGUUUAAGUGCUGGUCAGCUGUUUUGAUUCUUGGAUUCAUUUUUCUGGAGUCAGAAGGAAGGCCAACCAAAGAAGCAGGAUAUGGCCUUAAAUCUUAUCAGCCUCUAAUAAGAUUGCGACACAAGCAGGAAAAAAGUCAAGAACGUUCAAGAAUCAAAGGAUUCCUGAUCCAGGAUGGCCCUUUGGGAUCUUGUGAAAACAAAUACUGUGGUUUGGGAAGGCACUGUGUUCUCAGUAGAGAGACAGGGCAAGCGGAAUGUGCCUGCAUGGACCUUUGCAAUCGGCACUACAAACCUGUGUGUGGAUCUGAUGGAGAAUUCUAUGAAAACCACUGUGAGGUGCACAGAGCUGCUUGCCUGAAAAAACACAAGAUUACCAUUGUCCACAAUGAAGACUGCUUCUUCAAAGGAGAUAACUGCGAGGCCACUGAAUACAGCAAGAUGAAAAGCAUGCUUUUAGAUUUACAAAAUCAAAAAUAUGUUACACAAGACAAUGAAAACCCUAACGGUGAUGACGUAUUUCGGAAGAAGUUGCUGGUGGAUCAAAUGUUUAAAUAUUUUGAUGCCGACAGUAAUGGACUUGUAGAUAUCAAUGAACUAACUCAGGUGAUAAAACAGGAAGACCUUGUCAAGGACCUUUCUGAUUGUACUUUGUAUGAUCUACUGAAAUAUGAUGAUUUUAACUCAGACAAGCACCUGGCUCUUGAAGAAUUUUAUAGAACAUUCCAGGUUAUCCAGCUGAGUCUGCCUGAAGAUCAGAAACUAAGCAUCACAGCAGCAACUGGGGGACAGAGUACAGUUCUGAGCUGUGCCAUUCAGGGAACACUGAGACCUCCGAUCAUCUGGAAACGGAACAAUAUUAUUCUAAACAACUUAGAUUUGGAAGACAUCAAUGACUUUGGAGAUGAUGGAUCCUUAUAUAUUACCAAGGUCACCACAACUCACAUGGGCAAUUACACCUGCUAUGCAGAGGGCUAUGAACACAUCUAUCAGACUCACAUCUUUCAAGUUAAUGUCCCUCCCGUAAUCCGGGUGUAUCCAGAGAGUCAGGCCAGAGAACCUGGGGUAACUGCAAGUCUCAGGUGCCAUGCUGAGGGCAUACCAAAUCCUCAGCUUGGAUGGCUGAAGAAUGGAAUUGAUAUUACAUCAAAGCUGUCCAAGCAACUCACACUUCAAGCAAAUGGCAGUGAGGUUCAUAUUAGCAAUGUGCGCUAUGAAGAUACAGGAGCAUACACUUGUAUCGCGAAAAAUGAAGCAGGAGUGGAUGAAGACAUUUCUUCUCUUUUUGUGGAAGAUUCUGCUAGAAAGACCCUAGCUAACAUAUUAUGGAGAGAAGAAGGUCUGGGAAUUGGGAACAUGUUCUAUGUUUUUUAUGAAGAUGGAAUCAAAGUGAUACAACCCAUAGAAUGUGAAUUUCAGAGGCACAUUAAGCCUAGUGAAAAGCUCCUUGGAUUUCAGGAUGAAGUCUGUCCCAAAGCUGAAGGUGAUGAAGUCCAGAGGUGUGUGUGGGCCACAGCUGUCAAUGUCAAGGACAAGUUCAUUUAUGUAGCACAGCCAACUUUGGACAGAGUCCUUCUUGUUGAUGUACAGUCUCAAAAAGUUAUUCAGGCAGUAAGCACAGACCCCAUCCCGGUUAAAUUGCACUACGACAAAUCACAUGAUCAGGUCUGGGUGCUAAGCUGGGGUACCAUGGAAAAGACUUCUCCAACACUACAGGUGAUAACCCUGGCCAGCGGGGACGCGCCACACCACACCAUCCACACCCAGCCUGUGGGAAAGCAGUUCGACCGAGCCGAUGACUUCUUCAUCCCCACCGCCACCCUCCUCAUCACCCACGUGAGGUUUGGAUUUAUUCUUCAUAAAGAUGAAGCUGUACUACAAAAGAUUGAUCUUGAAACCAUGUCAUACGUCAAGACCAUUAACUUGAAGGACUAUAAGUGUGUCCCUCAGUCGCUGGCGUAUACACACUUGGGAGGAUAUUAUUUUAUUGGCUGUAAACCCAACAGCACUGGGGAGGUUCCCCCGCAGCUCUUGGUGGACAGUGUAACUGACUCGGUCAUUGGGUUCAACAGUGAUGUGACAGGCACUCCGUAUGUCUCUCCAGAUGGACACUAUCUUGUCAGCAUCAGUGACGUGAAAGGUCUUGUGAGGGUCCAGUACAUCACCAUCAGAGGAGAAAUACAGGAGGCUUUUGAUAUUCACACAAACCUGCACAUAUCUGACCUGGCCUUUCAGCCAUCCUUUACGGAAGCCCAUCAGUACAACAUCUACGGUAGUUCAAGCACACAGACUGAUGUGCUCUUUGUGGAGCUCGCCUCUGGGAAGGUUAAGAUGAUAAAGAGUCUUAAGGAACCACUCAAGGCAGAGGAAUGGCCUUGGAACCGGAAGAACAGGCAAAUCCAAGACAGUGGCUUGUUUGGUCAAUACCUGAUGACCCCUUCCAAGGACUCUCUCUUUAUACUAGAUGGACGACUCAAUAAGUUAAACUGUGAGAUCACUGAAGUUGAGCAAGGAAAUACAGUCGUCUGGGUUGGAGAUGCCUAGAAGCCCUAUUAAACAAUUAUUAAAUGAAGAGUUCCGGUACACUGCACUUAAUCCACGGUUUACAUUUACAACUUACAUUGCUUAACUUUUCAAGUUUGUAUCCUAGGCAAACAUAAGUUACUUGG